AUGCCCUCCGCGAACUUCGAGGCCGCGGCCGCCUACCUCUCCAAUGCACCCUCUUUAGCAAAAGUAUCGACGGCUGUGAAGCUUGAGCUCUAUGGCUUGUUCAAGUGCGCGACCGUCGGCGCGACACCGACCACGUCGCGCCCGUCCCUCUUCGACAUGACAGGGCGCGCGAAGUGGGACGCGUGGGCGGAAUGGGGGAAGAAGUACCCGACUACUGGAGUAGCAGAAGCAAGAUACAUAGAGCGCGCCAAGGAACUUGGGUGGGAUGGGGCUGCGCCUCAGCCGACGCAGAAGAGCGAGAAGGCUAAGGGGAAGGAGGCGAGGAAGGACGAGGACAAUAUAUGGGACGACAGCGACGAUGAGGCGAGUGCUAAGAAGGGGGGAGGGCUGGGCGUGAACGUCAGUCGGAUGGCAGCGCCGGAGGGGGAGGUGGAGGAGAAUCUGCAUGGCUAUGCGGUGGCGAACGAUGCGGGGAGGAUAGCAGCGUAUCUUGACGCGCAUCCGGGGAAGGGGGUGGAUGCGAAGGAUGAGUAUGGGUUCACGCCACUACAUCUGGCGACUGACCGGGGCAAUGUGGAGGCGGUCAAGAUGCUGUUAGCAAGAGGGGCGGAUGCGCAGUGCAAGGACCCUGACGGCUUAACGGCGGUGGAGCUCGCUGAGGAGGCGGGACACGGAAACAUCAGGGCACUCUUCACAUCGACCUGA